CAGUCACCCAUCUCCUGACAAGACUAACGACAACAACCCCACCACCAGCACCGAAUCGGCAGGAUGAGAGAAGUCAUCAGUUUGAACGUCGGCCAGGCCGGUUGCCAGAUUGCGAACAGCUGCUGGGAGCUGUACUGCCUCGAGCACGGCAUCCAGCCGGAUGGCUACCUCACCGAAGAGCGCAAGGGCAAUGAUGACCAAGGCUUCUCCACCUUCUUUUCGGAGACGGGCAACGGCAAGUACGUUCCACGUACCAUCUACUGCGACCUUGAGCCCAACGUCGUCGAUGAGGUCCGCACGGGCACCUACCGCAGCCUCUUCCACCCCGAGUACAUGAUCACAGGCAAGGAAGACGCCUCGAACAACUACGCGCGUGGCCACUACACGGUCGGCAAGGAAUUGAUCGAUCAAGUGCUGGACAAGGUUCGACGCGUUGCCGACAACUGCUCCGGUCUACAAGGCUUCCUCGUCUUUCACUCCUUCGGCGGCGGUACCGGCUCCGGCUUCGGUGCGCUGCUCAUGGAGCGUCUGUCUGUGGACUACGGCAAGAAGUGCAAGCUCGAGUUCUGCGUCUACCCAGCACCCCAGGUCGCCACGUCGGUCGUAGAGCCGUACAACUCUAUCCUCACCACGCACACCACCCUCGAGCACAGCGACUGCUCGUUCAUGGUCGACAACGAGGCCAUCUACGACAUCUGCCGUCGCAACCUUGGCAUUGAGCGUCCCAACUACGAGAACCUCAACCGCCUAAUCGCUCAGGUCGUCUCCUCAAUCACCGCCUCUCUCCGCUUCGACGGCUCGCUCAACGUUGACCUGAACGAGUUCCAGACCAACCUCGUGCCGUACCCGCGUAUCCACUUCCCCCUCGUGGCCUACGCUCCAAUUGUCUCCGCUGCCAAGGCUGCCCACGAAGCCAACAGCGUUCAGGAGAUCUCCAUGUCUUGUUUCGAGCCAAAUAACCAAAUGGUUAAGUGCGACCCUCGUAACGGCAAGUAUAUGGCAACUUGCCUACUCUACCGUGGCGACGUCGUGCCAAAGGAUACUCACCAGGCUGUCGCCACACUCAAGACCAAGCGCACAAUUCAGUUCGUGGACUGGUGUCCAACUGGAUUCAAGCUCGGCAUCUGCUACCAGCCGCCGCAGUCCGUUCCCAACGGCGAUCUCGCCAAGGUCAACCGGGCCGUCUGCAUGCUGUCCAACACCACAGCCAUCGCCGAGGCGUGGUCCGCCCUCUCGCACAAGUUUGACUUGAUGUACAGCAAGCGUGCCUUCGUGCACUGGUAUGUCGGUGAGGGUAUGGAGGAGGGCGAGUUCAGCGAGGCCCGUGAGGACCUUGCAGCGCUCGAGCGUGACUACGAAGAAGUUGCAGCCGACUCUGCGGAAGGUGAUGAUGGCGCCGAGGCCGAGUACUAAGCAGGUUGUGUGCUCCUGGGCAUGAGGCCGAGUAUGGGAUCGGCGACAGUAUGUGAAUCAGCGUUGGCGCGUUUGGCGCCUCGAACAUGCAUAGGCUGAGAAUGUGCUUUUCAGGGACAUUGACGCGGUUGUCGAAGGCGGUUGCACAAAGACUAGCGAGGAGGCAGCCCGAUAUAGCACGACUUGGUAGUCUAUUGCAAGACAGUGGCGCG